CAUUACACUUUAGAACUCACAUUUCAACACAUCUCAACUGGACUGCCAGCACCCCCUAACCCUAAAGCCACGCGAAAAUGCAGGUGGUACUUCAGGACAUGCAAGAGCAAAUGGGCAAACUGACUGCUCUUCUGAAGGAUGAGCGCAGGUCCCAUCAGCAUAGCUGCCGUGCGCUGCUCGAAGAGUCUGACAGGCGGGCAGAAAGAGUCAGGCAGAUGCAUCAGCUGGAGAUGAACCAGCUGGUCGAGGCACACAAAAAGGAGAUCGAAAAUAUUGUGGAGCUCCACUCCCAACACAUGGAAGAUGAAAGGAGUUACGCAGCUGAACGCUAUGCCUUGCUGGAAAAAGACUAUGACUUCCUGAAAAGCUCCUUUCGUACCUACAAGGACAGCAUUGUUGAAGAAAUGCGCAGCAGUUGGCUGAAAAAGGAGAACAGCUGGAGAGAAGAGCAAGAGAGGGAUCUCUUGGAGCAAAUGAUGAGUUUAAAGAAACAACUGAGCCAAUGUGAGACGGAAAAGGAAGAACAACGAAAGGCCUUUGAGGCUGAAAUCGCAGAACUACAUUCUCAUUACAGCACUGAAAUAAAGGCACUUGAAAAGGAGCUGUCAGAAAAAGAGGUAUCCGUCACCUUGUUGAACACUGCUCUCAUGCAGACCCAAUACCAGCUGGAAAUAAUGAACCAUAACUCCUCAGCUGUUGACGCUAAGAAGGAGCUCACCCGCAGGCGAGUGACCACUCUGCAGUUGACUCAGUCCAACGCAGCACUAGAGUGACUGUGAGACCCACAGUAUGGAUAUGGGUUUGCUCUGAUGAAGUGCAUGGACGUCCUUUAGUACUACUGCACACAUUGAAAGACUUUGAAUCUAUCCUUAUCGUGAAUAAAAGAUUGUAUCAGAAAUCUCAA